AUGGCUUCCUUCGCACGAACACCGGCCAUCUACAUCGUCACAAGCUUCUUGGUGCUCCUAUCCUGCUCGCAGCAAGCGCGAGGCGUGAACUACACCUUCGCGAGGGACGCGACGCGGGCGCCAGCGGUGUCCUACUACGACUACAUCAUCGUGGGCGGCGGCACUGCGGGGUGCCCGCUCGCCGCGACCCUGUCGCAGCGCUUCCGCGUGCUGCUGCUGGAGCGCGGGGGCUCGCCGUACGGCGACGAGCGCGUGGAGAACAUGACCCGCUUCGUGUCCACGCUCGCCGACACCUCCGCGGGCUCGCCGGCGCAGCGGUUCGUGUCGGAGGACGGCGUGAUCAACUCGCGUCCCAGGGUGCUGGGCGGCGGCAGCUGCAUCAACGCCGGAUUCUACACGCGCGCCAGCGACGAUUACGUGCUGGACGUCGGGUGGGACCUGGCCGCCACAAAGGAGGCGUACCGGUGGGUGGAGGACGUGGUGGCGUUUCACCCGGAGCUCGGGCCAUGGCAAUCCGCGCUGCAGAGGGGGCUCUUGGAGGCCGGCAUCGCCCCGGACAACGGCUUCACGUUCGACCACAUCGAGGGGACCAAGGUCGGCGGCUCCAUUUUUGACGACGAGGGGCGGCGCCACACCGCCGCCGACCUGCUGCGGUACGCGCGACCAGAGGGCGUCGACGUGCUGCUCCGGGCCAGAGUCGCCAAGAUCCUCUUCAACGUCGGAGGGGGGCGCCGGCCGGUGGCGCACGGGGUGGUGUUCCACGACUCGGAGGGGCAGAUGCACAGGGCGUACCUCAACGCCGGCCGCCGCAACGAGAUCAUCCUCUCGGCGGGCGCCCUGGGCAGCCCGCAGCUGCUGAUGCUCAGCGGCGUCGGCCCCGCGGACCACCUGCGCUCGUUCAACAUCACCCUCGUCCUCAACCAGCCCGCCGUCGGCCAGGGCAUGGCCGACAACCCCAUGAACGCCAUCUUCGUGCCGUCGCCUUCCCUGGUCGAGGUUUCUCUCAUCCAGGUCGUCGGCAUCACCCAGUUCGGGAGCUACAUCGAGGGCGCCAGCGGCUCCAACUGGGCCAACCCGCGCCACCAGGCCUCCGGCUCCGGCUCCGGCGGCGGCCAACACCGGCCGCCCCGCAACUUCGGGAUGUUCUCUCCGCAGACGGGGCAGCUGGCGACGGUGCCCCCGAAGCAGCGGACGCCGGAGGCGAUCGCGCGCGCGGCAGACGCGAUGAGCCGGCUCGACGACGAGGCGUUCCGCGGCGGCUUCAUCCUGGAGAAGGUCAUGGGCCCGGCGUCCACGGGCCACCUCGAGCUGCGGAACCGCAACCCGGACGACAACCCGGCGGUCACCUUCAACUACUUCUCCCACCCGGAGGACCUCCGGCGCUGCGUCGACGGCCUGACGGUCAUCGAGCGCGUCAUCAGGUCCAAGUCCUUCCAGAGGUUCACGUACCCGGACUUCUCCAUCGAGAUGCUGCUCAACAUGACGGCGGAGUUCCCCGUCAACAUGCUGCCCCGGCACGACAACCACUCCAGGUCCCUGGAGCAGUUCUGCAAGGACACCGUCAUGACCAUCUGGCACUACCACGGCGGAUGCCAGGUCGGCAGGGUCGUCGACGCCGAGUACAGGGUGCUCGGCGUUGAUGCGCUGCGUGUCAUCGACGGCUCCACGCUCAAUGCCUCGCCGGGAACCAAUCCGCAGGCCACCGUCAUGAUGCUCGGCAGGUAUAUGGGGGUCAAAAUCCAAAACGAGAGGUUGCACGCUGAAGGAUUCAAGAGGCGAAAACUACACACCACAUGGGAGGGUAACAUUGAGGACGUGAUCGCCCUCUCCAUCCACGACAGUGACAGGCUGCUCGUCGACCUCACGCGCGACGGCGAUGAAGCUAACCCUAGCGGCGCGAUGGAGGACGAGCCCGCCGACCCUUGUGGCAAGCCGCCCACCGAUGAGGACUACAACUUCUUCCAGUACUAUGAUCACUCCGGCCGUUGUAGGCUCCAUUAG